GUUCUUCCCAAGACCACGGAAAAGUAGAGAGAUGGCAGGGCCUCAAUGUUGUGCAAACCCACCUGCCCUCAACCCAAAAUCUGGGGAAGGGAUAGUUGAAGAAUUUGGAGGACUCUUAAGCUACAUCACUGGUUCAUUGGAUUCCAAGGGAGCAAUCCUUCUUAUCUCUGACGUAUUUGGAUUUGAAGCACCAAACUUGAGGAAGCUAGCAGACAAAAUUGCAGCUGCAGGAUACUAUGUGGUGGUUCCUGAGUUCAUGCAUGGGGAUCCCUAUGACCCUGAUAAUACUGAGAGGCCUGUAAUGGUCUGGUUGAAAGAUCAUGGAGUGGACAAGGGAUUUGAGGAGGCCAAACUUAUUGUUUCAGCUAUAAAAAGCAAAGGUUUUUCCACUAUUGGGGCUGCCGGGUUUUGCUGGGGCGGUAAGGUAGUUGUGGAACUAGCAAAGUCCGGUUACAUCCAAGCUGCAGUGAUUUGCCAUCCUGGAUUUGUCACUAUCGAUGACAUGAAGGAGGUUAAGGCUCCCAUUGCUGUACUUGGAGCUGAAAUUGACCAGCUUAGUCCCCCAGAAUUUUUGAAACAAUUUGAAGGGGUUUUAUCGGUUGAAGGGUAUGUGAAGAUAUUCCCUGGUGUGGUACAUGGAUGGACAACAAGGUACGAUGUGGAGGACAAAAAAGCUGUGGAACCUGCUGAGGAAGCGCACCAGGAUAUGUUGGACUGGUUUGCCAAGUAUGUCAAGUAAAAGAGAAGAUUAGAUAUAGACAUUAGCCGACGACCCCAUUUAUUUGGGAUAAGGCUGAUUUUUUUUUCUUCUUGUAGAUAUAUAGAUGACAGGAGAAUUUAGGGGGUGGUGUCAUUCCUAUUUUCCAUAUUAUCUGUAUUGUUCAAAAGUGUAUGUGUCAGUUGCUUCCAUACCAUAGGAUGGUAUUUGUUACAAGUUAUCUUUGUUAGUUAGGUUUUCCUAUUGUAACUAGACACAAUAAGGUUCCUGUUAUGAUUAGGCUUUAGAGUCCUACUCAUAUUAUGUCUUUAAAGUCCUAUUUAGAGUAUGUAAUUGUUUCAGAUUUAAUAUAAAGAGACUAGUUGGCGACAGGUUGUUAAUAAUCCACUGCACAAGCCUUCCUCCCCCAA